UUUAUUACAUUCGAUAAAAAUUACAAAUGCAACGAUGGAUUCGUUAUAUCUUUUACAUGAUCUGUAUACCAAUCGGAAACAAUCAAUAUCCUUACAAUUACAACAAAAAGCACUCGAUGCGUAUAAUCGUUUUUUUAAAAAUACUAAAACUAAUGAAUUGGUUAAGAUAAUUAAUGAAUAUAAUUCAAAAAAAUUUGAUAAUUACGAAAAAUUACAAAAAUUACGAGCAAAAUUACAAUCGGCAGUAUUCAAAAAUCAAGAUAAGCACUUAUUUGAAUAUGCAAAAGAAUUAUAUGAAACAGCAGAAGAUGGGAAAUAUAAAUUGUUUUUGGAAAGAUGUAUAAAUUUAUAUAAAAUUAAUGAAGGUUUUUCUGAGCAAAAGCGUCUAGCAAUUAAAGCUGUGGGGGAAAAAUUAAACAUGCCAUUCCAAGGUGAAAUUCAAAAUGAAUCAAACUUGAUGGAACCAACUUCAAAUAAGCCAGUAUUAACUGAACUGGAUAUUCCAUUAUCUGGUGAUGAACAAUUUAUACAUAGUGAACAUAUAAGGAAAUUUUUUGACGUACUUAACGCCAAUGUAUUCAUAAGAAAGGAACAAAACAAGAAAUUUUUGCACAUAACAGUAAAUGAUGCAUAUCGUAAAGAUAUUUACGAGUAUCUUGAAAAAUUUGUUGGUAUAAUACAAAAAGUAACGAAUGCUAUUACAACUGAUUCAGUUACAACUGAACCAACAAACACUGAACCAUCUUUCCCUACAACUGAAUCAAAUACAUUUGAUUCAAUUCAAACCGAAUCAAUUAUAUUGACUGAACCACUGUUUUCUACAAAUGAAUCAAAUACAGUGGAACAAAUUCAAACUGGAACACUUUCCUAUGCAAAUGAAUCAAAUACAAAUGAAUUACUCAUUCCUGCAACUGAAUGUAUGGAAUUAUUUGAUACCAAUACUGAUAAAGAAAAUUCAAAAACAAAACGAUCAGCAAAAAGACGAAAAUCAAAACGAUUUGCAAAAAGACGAAAAUCAAAACGAUUGACAAAAAUACAAAAAUCAAAACGAUUAGCAGAACAACACCAAGUUUCCAAUACUGAUGAUCAAAUCAAUACUGAUGAAGAAAAUUCAAAAUCAAAACGAAAACACCAAGAUUCCAAUACUGAUGAAGAUGCUACUGAAUCACUUUUCCCAACAAUUGAACUAUUUGAAUUGGAUAUUCCAUUAACUAGAGAUGAAGUAAAACAUAAAUUCACAAAGAAUUUAAUGAAAUUUCUCGUUAGCAAAUGUAACGCCAAUGUUUUUAUAAAAAAUGGUAUUGCAGUAAGCUUUUUACAUAUUACAGCAAAUUGUGUAUAUCGUAGCUAUAUCGAAGAACAUCUUGAAGGAUUUCUUAACGUUCGAGAUCAUCUUGAAACUGCCCAAAAAAUUCGUGAUGAUUACCCGUUAAUUCAAGAGAUAAGCCAAUUAGAGGAUUCUUCUCAAUUAUAUCAAACUUAUAAUAGUUUAUUGGCUGAUGAAAGUGAAUCGCAUCCUGAAGUUUUGCAAGUUAGGAAAAAAAUGAAUGUGUUUCAUUAUUUACAUUGCAGUGACUUCACAAAUGAAAAUCUAAAUUCGAUAAAUCUGUUUCACGAUCUUUAUACUUUUAAAAGUACAUUUAUGUCGUCAAACUUUGAGAAAGAAGUAGACGAUGCAUAUCGUUUAAUUUUCUAUAAUAUCGAAAUCACCAAUGAGGAUUCAAAAUUAGAACCACAAGCAAAAAAACGAAAACAACAAGAUUACAAUACUGAUGAAUCAAAUACAGUCGAUCUGACUCAAAAUGAAUUAAUUCAAAUUGAAUCACAUUAUUCUGCAACUGAAACAAAUACAGUUGAGUCCAUUCAAACUGAAUCACUUUCCCCCGUAACUGAAUCAAACAUAGUUUCUACAACGGAUAAUAUGGAAGUAUUUGAUUUGGAUAUUCUGUUAUCUAAAGAUGAGGAAGAACUUAUAUCCAAAGAAAUGAAAAAACUCGUUGAAAGAUUUAACGCCAUUAUAUCCAUAAAAAAUGGCUUAGCAGUGAUAUUAUUACAUAUUACAGCAAAUAAAAGUUACAGUAAAGAUAUCAAAGAUUUUCUUCAAAAAUUUUUUAACAUAAGAGAUUAUUCAGAAAGACAGGAAAUAAUUAAAUGUGAUUAUCCAUUAAUAGGGGAAAUGAUAGAAGAAAUGAGUCAUUAUGAGGAUCCCUUAUCUUUGUAUCAAGCUUAUAAUAGUUUAUUAGCUGAAAAACCUGAAGAUCCUGAAAUUAAAAAAAAAAUGAGUGUAUUUCGUUACUUUCAUUGCAAAGAAUUCACAAAUGAAAAACUAAAACCAGACAUACUUGCAAAUGAGAAAAAACGAAAACACCAAGAUUGCAGUACUGAUAAAUCUAUUAUUGAAAGAAAAUCAGAACGAUUACCAAAAAAACAAAAACUCCAAGAUUGCUAUACCAAUGAACAUAAAAUUGAAACAAGUACAGUGGAUCCAAUUCAAACCGAACGUCUUUGCCCCGAAACUGGUAUAAAUACAUUUGAGUUAAUUCAAACUGAACCACUUUUUCCUACAAUUGAAUCGAAUACAGCUGAGUCGAUUAAAAUUGAACCUAUUUUCCCAGCAGCUGAAUUGAAUAAUGAAUUAAUUCAAAUUGAACCACGUUUCUCUGCUAAAGAAUCAUUAUAG